AUGGCGCCCAGCGAGCUCAAGGGCGUGCUCGUCGCCCUCAUCACCCCUUUCACUCCUGACCAAAAGUCCAUCGACACUGCCGCUCUCGACGCCCACAUCCAGCGCCUCAUAGCAGCGGGCGUCCACGGCCUCGUCCCCGGCGGCAGCACCGGCGAGUUCACAACCCUCAGCCCGGAAGAGCGCAAGCUCCUCGUCGAGCAGACCGUAAAGUCUGCCGCGGGCCGCGUGCCCGUCGUCGCGGGCAUUGGUGACCUCUCCACCGCCCGCGCCGUAGAACACGCUGUCCACGCCGCCUCUGUCGGGGCCAGCGCCCUGAUGGUCGUGCCCCCGUUCUACGACGCCCCCAACCUGACCCAGCUCCGCGAGCUGCUCGGGGAGAUCCACGACGAGUCCGGGCUGCCCAUCGUGUACUACAACAUCCCCUCCGCGAGCGGCGUCAGCCUCUCCCCCGCCGAGAUCGCGGGGCUGUCCGAGGUGGGCGUGACGCAUCUGAAGGACACGUCGGGCAACGCGCCCGCGUUGACGGAGCUGCUCUUCAGCGCGGCGAGCACGUCGCGCGUCACGACCUUCAACGGCUGGGACACCCUGACGUUCUACGGCCUGGCCGCCGGGGCCAAGGGCUCCGUGUGGGGGGCGACCAACAUCAUCCCGGAACUAUCCGCGGAGCUGUGGACCGCGGUGGCCGAGGAGGGGGAUUUGCGAAAGGGCAGGGAGCUGUGGACCAAGAUCUUCCCCAUCUGCAAGUUUCUCGAGUCUCACAACUACGCCUCGGCCGUCAAGACGGGAAUGGAGCUGCGGGGGUGGGAGACCGGGGGCCUGCGCAAGCCUUUUGGGCUGCUGGAGGGCGAGCCGCGGAAGGUGUUUGCGAGACUGUUGAAGGAUGCGGGAGUUGAUGUUGUGGCAUAA